UUCCCACUCCACUCUCGGCCUCUCGCUCCCAAGGCCCCCGCUCUCUAUAAAUACGUAUGUCUCGGCCGUCACCUUCCCCUGACCCCCAGCGCAGCUGAUCUCUCCUGCUUCGUUCGACUCCUCCUACGCUCGGAGCUCGGUGGCCAUGAAGAAGGUGCGGGCGAGGCGGCAGCGCGUGCCGGCGUUCGGGGAGUGGAACUACGACUACGGCGGCGCCGGCGACUGGCCGGUCACCCAGUACUUCGACUCCGCCAUGCAGGCCGGGCUGGUCAUCGCGAUACCGCCCUCGCCCAAGCCACCCAAGAAGGCGGUGAAGUGGAGUGACAGCGCCACCCUGGAGGCGGAGGACGAGAAGCAGCGGCAGCCGGUGGUGGUGGGGCUGGGCGAGCAGGGCUCCGUGAAGAAGCAGGGGAAGCAGAGCCGGGUGGCCGACGCCGGGGCCCACGCCUCCCCUGCGUACAAGGCGUGCCGGGUGGCCGUCAAGGCCGUGGACCAGGACCUCUACCAGAUCCCGCCCGACAUGCUCUGCCAUGACCCCAGGAAGAGGGUGACGAGGAGGAGGAGCGCGUGGAUGGGCUGCCUGGGGUUCGGCUGCGUCGCCUAGGGAUCCGCCGCACCGCCUGCCCGAUGACUGCUCAUCAUGAGUCGCCAGCCGCCUUGCUCUGUGUGUGCCUCCCCGUCCCCGCUCCUGUAAAACACACUCCGUACCGGAAAACCAUGGCCAUGAUGUUGUCACUUGUCAC